AUGACUUCGCCGAGCCUCACGACGUGCCGGCAUGCUGCAGCUCGUCCGCGUGCAAGCAGGGUCACUGGCCGCAGCGGCGUCAGGGCGGCGCCGCUCCGAUCAAGAUCAGGAAAUGGUUUUGCUCCGAGCGUCUCGUGGUCGUCGCCGUCGCCGUCGAGAGCGAUCACCAGUUGCGCUCUGAAGCCGCCGCCAUCGUACGGCGGCAAGGCGACGGAGAAGAAGAAGGUCAACCCCAGGGAUCUCUUCACCUUCUCCUACCGGUUCAACACCGACAUCCCCAUGGGUGAGACUCCAGGGGCGUCCAUCGACGACUACCUCAUGAACAGGCCGAGGAUCGUCGGGGCCGUGUUCCCGGACAAGCGCAAGCGCACCAAACUCAACGACGAGGAGUGGAGAGUGCAGCUGGUGCCGAUCCAGUUCCUGUUCCUGUCGGCGUGCCCGGUGAUCGCCGUCCGCUUCGUGAGCAGGUCCGGCGGGGUGGGGUACCCGCCCCACGUCCCCGUGCACGCCACCAGCCUCCUCCUCAUGGAAGUGCCUGAACUCAUGGCUGAUGCAAAUGCAAUGGAUGGAUAUGAGUUGCAGACGGACUACAAGCUGAAGGGGCUGCAGAGGGACGCGAUGCCGUCGCACCUGGCGCUGACGGUGCGGGGCUCGCUGUACCCGCAGCCGGAGGGGCGGAGGAGCCUGCGGGGCCACGUGGAGAUGAGCGUGGGGUUCAACCUGCCGCCGGUGCUGGCGCUCGUGCCGGAGCCCAUCAUCCGGGGCGUCGGCGACACCGUGCUCCGGCAGCUCGCGGAGCAGAUGAAGCACGACUUCGAUACCGGCCUCGCCGCCGACUUCAAGAAGUACCGCACCGAGAAGCUCACCGAGGGGAGGACCCCCGAAUACUGA